AUGCCGGCAUCAAAACAAUUUCCCACGAAGCUUGUUCAUACUCUCAAAACGCACAAUGGACCGGUAAAUGCGGUGACUUUCUCUAGCUAUCCAGGUACAUAUGUCCUCACUGGUUCGGCUGAUCGCGCCAUUCACCUCUCGCGCGCCAUCCCCAACAACAGCUCUACUACUGGUCACGAGACGACUUCCCCAAUCCAAAAAUAUGAGGCGCACGGGUACUCAGUCCUGGACGUGGCUGUCGCAGCGGACAAUGCGCGGUUUACAAGCGUUGGCGGAGACCGGCAGGUGUUUCUGUGGGACGUCGAGCAAGGUCUGACUACACGGCGAUGGGCUGGACAUAACGCCAGGGUCGAGGCCGUACAGUUCGCUGGCGAGGGUGAUUCCGUGGUGGUAUCUGGUGAGCAUCUUGUCCGGGCUUUCUUGUCUAUUGCUAUAGUAGAAUCAUCCACGAUUCUGACCUUUCUCUCAGGAAGCGCAGACACAACCAUCAAUCUGUGGGACAUCCGGUCCAAAUCACACAAGCCGAUCCAGACGCUCACCGAGGCUGGCGAUACCGUUUCCUCACUACACGUACACAUGCCGACGUAUUCUAUCGCAAGUGGAAGCUACGAUGGCCGUGCUCGCAUUUACGAUGUCCGCAUGGGCCGAACAACCGUUGACGUCCUUGCUCACCCCGUUACGAGCGUCCGGUGCUCUGCGGACGGCAAUGCCCUGCUGGUUUCCACACUCGACGGCCGGAUCCGGAUGCUGGACCGGGCAGACGGCAAGCUGCUCAAGGCUUUUGGGGGUGAGGAUGGUUUCGAGCAAAGCACUACCGGUGCGAGGGCGACGUACCGCAAUAGCGAACUUAGGAUUCGGUCCGUCUUUGCCAAGGGAGACGCCGUCGUCCUCAGUGGCAGUGAGUCGGAGAAAGGAGAUCGGUCGCCACUGGCUCAUGUCUUUGCGUGGGAUGUGCUCAGUGGGGAGGUUAUUGCGGCUGUGCCGGCAGGGGAUGGAGUGAAGGUUGUUAGCUGUGUCGCAUGGAAUGAGAAAGGAGGCUGCUGGGCUGGGGGCUGCUCUGAUGGCACUGUCAAAAUCUACGGCUGA